AAGUUCCCCGGGAAGAGUGGCCAAGGGGCCUCCGCCUCCAGCCUUAAAUUGAGCGCGAACACCCCCGCGCAGCCAAGACCCGCUCUCGAGUCCAGCGUUGAACUCCGAAGUUAUACUUUUAGGAGCAAGGCGUAUAAAUACUGCUUCUAGUAAUUUCACCCAAUAGCAUGGAAAUCUUUCUGAGCCGUUUCACAGAAAGAGAGUAGUUGUGCUUUAUCGCUUAAGUUAAAGUAUACGGGUUCCGGUGGGAAGCUGUUGUCCUUUCCUCUGGGUGCCUGGAAAACCCAGAACUUUGUUAAAAGUUCACAAAGUCUGAUACAGACAAGAGACAUUAGAAUGGGAGUUCAGUCUGAUGUCCCAGACAGAUGGGGUGCUCUGAAAGGAUGGUGGUUGCUUGCCUAUCCUGGCAUGGUUCCCCACUGGUCUCCUCGCCCAGCAUGGCCAUACCCAUACUUGCGCUCUUCCUUUUGACCUAAGAGGUACCAUAAAAAUUGAGCAGGUGAAGAGAUCAAAAAUACUGUUCAUGAGAAAGAGGAGACCCUGCUGGCUGGUAAAGGCUUUCUGCUUGGAGUAACUGGUGGAACGUAGGGAGGUCAGAGGGCUCAGAACGGUGGGAGUACUCCCCUGAGGCUGCUGACCUUCCCAACCUCUGAUGAUGACUGGGAAUAUCAAGAGUUAAAGGUUCGUCUCCUGCAUUGGUCUCUUGCUUGCUGCAGAGAUCUCAAGUUGUUUAGGUGCUUGUGUGUCAUGGCAAUGACCAUCCCGUGAAAACAUUGCUGGAAUCAAGAAGCUGUCUGUUUCCAUACCAGGCUCCUAAUUCACAUGGGUCUUGGCAGUCCCAAGGACAGUGUUUGAGAAGUUAAGCAUCUGCAAAACAAGAAACUAAAACAUGUGGGGCUUUCUCCUCAAAAGAAGUUAAAUAGAGUUAACUUUCUCCUAAGCUGAGAUGAUUCCUCUUCUCGAAGAACUUUCCUUCACGAAAAUUUAAUCUUAAACAGCUUGCAGGAGAAAGGAGAACAAGUUACUAGCAGCUAGCUCUUUCUCUUCAAAGAAAUUCUGAGAAAGUCUGUGUUGGUUUUUGGUUUUUUUCCCCCGGCUGUUGUAUGUGUGAUCUCUAAGCAGGUGUACUCCUAAAGUGUUGCCAGAAAUAACUUGCUUGUUGGAGAGCACUGGGAAUCAAAGUGUCUUCUAAGUAUCCUUUAUCCUGUAUGACGUAACCACAUGAGUGACUUCACACUACAAAUGAAACAUAAUUCCCAGACCUUCUCUAGAGUCUUCUGACUUCAAGCCUUGGAUCCUGAUUCCUGUGCAGAGUUAUGCCAGUGAACCUAAUGAAGUUCUUCAGUUCAGAUGGAGAAAAUGGAACUGAUGAAAAAAGAAAGGCUGGAAAAUCACCCACUGUGUGGCUGCAGACCUCUACCAGUGAAAUGGAGUAUUUUGAUGACCGGAAAAAAGUUGAUGUUGCUAGGACCAAGAGCAGCACAGAUAGUCCGGUCCUGACAACCAAGAGUGACUCCAAGACUGAAAGGAAAAAACGUGCCUCAAAUCAGCUGAAGGCAAACGCACACUUUCAUAAGCUGUUUCUAGAUGUUCCUGUUGAUGAGCCACUGAAACAAAGCUUUACCUGUGCUCUGCAGAAAGAAAUUCUGUACCAAGGAAAGUUAUUCCUUUCUGAAAACUGGAUUUGCUUCCAUUCCAAGGUUUUUGGUAAAGACACUAAGAUUAGUAUACCUGUGCUGUCAGUGACACUUCUGAAGAAAACCAAAACUGCCCUUCUUGUGCCAAAUGCUCUGAUCAUAGCAACAGUGACAGAUAGGUACAUGUUUGUCUCACUACUCUCCAGAGAUACCACCUACAAGCUAUUAAAAUCUAUCUGUAGACAUCUUGAGGAUGCAAGCAUGGGCAACAGUCCAAAUCCCUCUUCUGCAGAAAACAGCUUCAGGGCUGAUCGCCCUAGAACUCUGCCCCUGGAUUUCAAUGAAGAUUAUUCUGAUCUGGAUGGAAUAGUGCAGCAGCGAAGACAAGAGAUGGAAGAGUCCAGCAGCACAGGCUCACAGACACCAGAGCUGGAAUGCUUCCAAGAUUAUCAUGUUGUUGAAACAGAGACUCACUUGAAAGUUUCCAAGCCUGAGGCCAAGUCUGUUCGUUCAGAUGCACAUAGUAAAUGUGGGCCUGAUGGAAAAGCUCGAAACAGUCCUCGAAAUGGCCAUUCUGAAGCCUUCAGGUUCCUCCACAGAGUGAAGUCCCAGAAGCUCUUCACUCUGAGCCAUGUACUUGUGUUUUAUGCAGUUCUUGUUUGUGUUUUAAUACUUUCUACGUUCUACAUGAGAUAUAAAAUCAGUGUCCUGGAGGAACGCCUUAUGUCCAUGACAGCCUUUGAUUCACAUAUUAAAGAACAUCAAGUGCACCAAGAUUUGGGAUCUCAUCUGCAAAUUAAUGCUGAUGCCGUUUGUGAUGAGUUAACUGCUAAUCUUAGAAAAUUGGAAAAGAUACAGAACAACUUACAAAAACUACUUGAAGAUGGUGAAUGAAACAUCAAUGUUCUUGGACUGCUUCAGACUUCAUUCUUCUGUCUUGACAAACCAUUCCAAAGGAGCUCUGCUGGACAGAGUUCAAGCUUCUUUAUUUUCAGUCUAAGCCAAGUUUAAACUACUGUAAAGUUCAUGUCAUCAUGCAAAAAAGUCAGUUUAUUCCUCAGCAUGUAUCUAUAUGUUUUGAAAACAUAUGUGGUUUGAUCUACAUGUAUCUAUAUGUUUUAAAAAUGUGGGGAUUUUUCUUUCUCUAUUGUGUGUGAAUUAAUGGAUUUUAUAGCUUACUCGAUUCUAGAUUUGCUUACACCAGUGCAAACCUGGUGCAUAUCCUUUUACCUCAAGAUUUACUUUAUGCCUAUUGUCAUACAAAUGUAAAUGUGAAGAAUGUCUGUCAUGAUUCAUGUACUGAAGUGUUGUGUGAAUGAGCAGGUAUCUGUUUUAGCUAUGGUUAUGGAUUGGUGCUGUGCUCUUCAUUUUUACUUCUCUGCACCCUGACAUCCCAAAGAUCAGAAAACAGACACCUCUGUGUUUGGGUAUGCAAUCAUGAAUGCUUGAGGUCUGCUCGGUUCUCCAGUGCUGUAAAAAGGCUCAAUUCCACUUUCUGUGACACUGUUGUCACCACUGAGGGUAAGGUCUGUUUCUACUGGGCAUUCAGGUUUCAUUGAAGUCAAGCCUGAAAUCUCUAUGGACUUGCCAACUUACAAUCAAGUUGCUUAGGAAUAGCAAUAUGGGUGUGACACACCUGCACAACUUAGAAAAACUGCUUGUUUUCUAUCCACUCAUGUGGUCUUUGUCCUUUAAGUUAAUCAAUGUGAAGACCUCAGUGAGCUUUCCUUGGCGUUGUGUGGGGUUUUGGUUGGCUGAGCAAGUGCAAUUUGUAGUCCAGUUAAUGGAAAUCUAGUCUUGGUAUGUGACUCCAGGGAUUGGGUAUUUCCACAUAAUGAGAACUGGCAAAUUAAUGGUGCAGCAAUACAGUCAGUAGAGUGAAUGAAAAAGUGGACACCUGCUUUGUAAUAUCACAUACUGUUUUUUUCCAGAGUGCCUAAGAUGGGGAUUUUUAGCUUUCUGAUUCACCAAGCAGGCUCAUUAGUUUUUAAAAAGCAAUAUUAGAAUAAUAACAACUAGUAUCUGUAAAGUAACAGUAUUGUUUAUAAUAUGCUAUGCAUUUUAUAACCAUUUCCGUGAAAUGUACCUACUUUGUUUAAAUAAACUUUUUUAAAACAAGAGACUCAAUACUAUAAUUUGGAUGAACCCAAGUCCAUCUCUCAGUUUUGAUCAAAUAUGAUAUUCAUGAGGCUUAUACCUCACAGUACAAAGUUUGUGCAAAACCUAUCACCCAACACAAGGGGUUGGGAACUGCAUCCUGCUGCAGUCCUUCCUCUUACUUGGUUGUGUGUGACUUCUUCCCAGACCUCAAGGACAACAGUACAAGCAAAUUUGGCCCCCAGAGUUUUGAGGACAUGUUAACAGUUUUCUCAAGUUCCCCAAGUUUCUCAAGUUUCCUCCUUGGAGGAUAUUGGAGGAGUAUUAGAAUGUUGAGGCAGUUUAGAGAGCCCUGUGUGCUCUAACGUGCCUGCCCGGCUCAAGAUUCCACCUGAGCACAGUAUGUAAGAAAUAUGUGAGAUUUGACUGUUCUCCCUAUUGAAGUCUCUGCCUUCGCUGCCUCAGCUGUCCUGACUUUAUUGGAAAACUCAGCUUCACAAGGAAACAGUUGAAUAAGUUACUUUUAAAUUAUUUUUCCUUUGUUUUCCCUUCUUUCUUCUACAGUUGCAUGGCUUAUGUAAUGUUUUGGACUCUCACCUCAUCCCCUACCUUCUCUUAUUCCCUCCCUUUAAUUCUGCAUCAGAAGUCUCUAGUUCUGUGGUUGCAAAAUUGAUGCCACGAGUCACUUCUAUCAAAGGAACUACAAGAAAACUUGGUUAUAUCCAGCAGCUGAACUGAGUUAGCCUUUUACUUACAUUACAUCAAGUCUGUGCUUUGCUAUGGAAGAACAAGGAGAGAGAUAAUAUUUGAUAUUGAAAUGCUUAAGUAAAUCAGGCACGCUAAGCCCUUAUCAUUAGCAAUACAGGAACAAAAUAAUUACUGGAGGGAAUGAGCAGUCAGAGGUGGAUGUGUGCCCUUUAGCCUGCUGCAGCAGCGUGCCAAGGGCGGCAGGUCCGGCCAAAGGUGUAACAGUGUCCUUCCAAUGCCAGAAAGUGAACUAUGCUCCAGAGAAGGGACUGGCUUGUGACACAGCGGCCACCUGAGCGCACUGGUGCAAUUCAGUGUGACCUCUUCCCUGCCCCUCAGGUGCUACCCUCACUUCCCCUUUUCCUAGAGGAAGGAAGAUGUCUCAAGGAUGUCACACUGUUCAGGUGUGUAGUGGGCAGUGUGUAGUAUUGAGGUACUUCAGGCAGUGCUGCAAGGCCCCAUGUGGACAAAGCUUAGAAGUGAGUGGAGUGAUUUAAAUCCUGUGAUUCAGGCUUGCAACUGGAGAGGAGGGGGUUUGCCCCAGCCAUGCUUGGGAGGGAAGUACCAGCAGCAGGGAUAAGCAAGGAAAAGCUGCUUCCCCUAAGGCUGGGAGUCUGUUAAAGAGCAAGGAGACUUCUCCCCUCAUCUGUGGUAGGUAGCGCAUACAAAGGCUACAAGGAGGGGGUUUGCCUUUUGGCAAAAAUGCAAGUUUGCAGAUAUAGGAGGGAAAGAUGUGUGACUUCAGGGAAGUCAGAAAUGCACACAGAAUUCUUAGCACACAGUAACAUUCAUAAUUUGCUGCAUAGGCUGCAUGGAAGUCUGCUUUAAAAAGCAUAUUUUAAAUUUUCUUGUGUGUUUGUUUUUCCAGUUUUGUCCACCUGUUGUCCUAAACAGCAUAGAGGCUAGAAAAACACCUGAGUUCUACCAGCCUUGCAGGACCUAGUAGUAGUGCCAGGUUCUGGGAAGAUGCUUUCAGUUUGCAGGUGAAAGGCAAGAGGGGCACCUCACUUGUGUUUUCUCUAGUUGUAGUAUGUGAAAAAAGUAAUGAGGGUUUGUAUUGGCUGUUUGGAUUGAGGGGUUGUUGAAGUAGUUUUCUGUCAAGGUACCAAGUCUGUGGUACUGCUGGUGUGAAGGAUGCAACUAGCACUCUAGGCAGGAAGUACGAUCUGCUGAAAGCCUCCCUCUCAGCGGAACAUCAAAGGUAGUAACUCCCAGUAUCACUUGCAGGAAAGACAAAGUUUUGUAUGUGUUUUUGUCUGAGCAUGUCUGAAUUUAACACUAUUAACUGCUAUCAUGUGAACCUUUGUACAGGUGUGUGGUAAUGCUUUCUGCUUCCUGCUACACCUGCACCUUCAUUUCCAUGUUUCCACCUCAUAGUCAGUUGACAAAUGCUAAAGGAAUUUCCGGGUUGGUGUUAUCCAGGCCUUUGCAGGCUAUUGCUCAGCUGGUUCAGCUGCAACUGCUAGUGAGUGAGGUGUUAUUCCCAAAUAUGUAGGGGGUUUUGCAUUUACAGAGCACGUGUGACAUGCAGUAAUGAUCAGAAAAAGCUGGCUAUUUAUAGAGAAAACUGAGCAAACAGUUACACUGAGCAAACAGUUCCUUUUGUGUUCAGUGCAUGUGUGUAUGCUUCUAUAAACAGCAGAGGAAUAAUGUCAUUUGAAAGGAUUUUACCAGCACCUGCUUUUCAGUUUGCCUGGUGAGGCUAUCUGAGUCUGACAGGCAAAUAUGCUCAAGAGGGAAAAUUGACUCAUCUCAUUUGACACUUCUAGGUUUAUGGUUUGAACCCAGUGGAGUGUUCUGCUAAACAUGGUUCCAUGUAAUGAAACUUUACAAAAGGGAUGGGUUUUUUGCUUUCUUGGGUUUUAAAGUCGGUGUAAUAUCAUUUUAUGAAUGUAGAGCCUCAUAAUAUCCUGUUGUUCACUGAACAGCCACAACACAAUAUAUGUCAGUAAAUGUCA